AUGAAUCUCGGUGAAACAAUUAAGGAAAAAAAUAAUGCGUCCUUGCAGGACCACGCAAAAACCAUGAUCUUUCUUCGCCAUCACCUCCAUGAGGAAUUAAAAACAAAGUACCUCAUGGUUAAGGAUCCACUUAUACUGUGGAAAAAUCUGAAAGAACGAUAUGAGCAUCAGAAAACUAUGAUCCUUCCAAAAGCUCGUUAUGACUGGAUCCACUUGCGAUUGCAGGAUUUUAAAAGUAAUAAUGAGCUUUUGAUGCAAAACCACCAGUCCCAUCCCAUUGGAUCUGUACCAUUCCCAGAAGCGAAUAUAAGGAACUCCACACCGUCCCACCAGAAGUGGAAUUCAAAUGCGACCAAGCAGGCAAAAGAAAAAGCUUUACAGAAAGCUCCUGAGAUAUAUGAUGACAAGCCUUGCUAUAGAUGUGGAAUGAAAGGUCAUUGGUCACGUACCUGUCGUACGCCCAAACAUCUAGUUGAUCUUUACCGUGCCUCAAUGAAUGAUAAGGGAAAAGGAAAGGAAAUUGAAAUAAAUUUUGUGGAUGACGACUUAACAACUGAUAUUACUCACUUUAAUGUUUCUGACUUCUUUGCUGAUACUAGUGGUAGUAGUGAUCAUUUAAUUGGUGAUGGAAAUGUCCAUACCAAUUAA